UUCUCGGAGCUCAUGAAGGUGGUUGCCCUGUCCACGCUCGCCGCAUGCGUGGCGCUGCAGACGACGGCAGCAGUUGACUUGUGCCGAGAGACCAUCCAGUGCAAGACGCCCGGAGACGAUACAUGCUUCCUCCUCUCCGGGGACUGCCCGCCAUGCCUCGCCAUCUCCCCGUCGCCAAGCGGUCUCCGUCUCUGUGUCGCCACAACGACGCUCGGUAUGUGCCCACUUGGCUACGUCUCGUGCAAUGGCUCGGUCACCACCGUGCCACCGCCGGCUACGCAGCCAGUGUCCACACCACCGCCGACAUCGGAGAUCCCAUGGACGACGACAGCGCCUGUAUCGCCUCCACCGACAGUCACUUUUCCUACAAGCGUCUUACCGCCGGUCCCAUCGCGACCGGUAGCCACGUCGCCCGCCGUCACGACGAGUGCAACCGUGACGAAAUCUCCGGCAGGACCGGCUACUUCAGCACCGUUGGCGCCUUCAACGACCACGCCUCUGAAAUUACCCACCAGCACCUCCGCGUUGUCGUCGCAAGAUUAUAACGACAGCUCGAUCCCAACGACCAACAGUACCAGUACGACGAAGGACACGACGGCGUCGUCCGGUAGUGGCCCGUCGGCGAGCUGGACUGCCGCGUUCGUUGUCGGUGGCAUCGCCUUGGCUCUUUUGCUUGUCUUUGUUGCUCGCAAGUACCGCAAGUCGCACGAAGACGACGACGACGACAACGACGCGUGCACGCCGGAUGCGCCGCUCACGUUUACGGGCCACUCGAGUUUCCAGCCCAUGCAGCGUCUGCGCACGACCGGCAGCGAGGACGAGCCGGUGCCCAUGAUGCCACCAAUGAGGCCAUCGGCGUUCUCCAAGCCGAAGAAUGACUUUGUCGCGCGCCCGUCCUUGCGCAACUCGGCAGCCGACACGCCGCCGCGCGCGUCCGUGGCGUCAUCGAUGGACUUUGAGAUCAACGCCGUGCCGUCGCCGGUGUACACGGACUCGUCGCGGGGCAACUCGGCCGUCGACCUCUGGGACGAGAUGCCGAUUUUGAUCAGCCAAAAGCAAAGCCGGAUGCAAACCACCACCCACGAUGACAACAGCGUGACGCUGUAAGACCGUAUUCUGUAGUAUCUAAC